GCAGAUCAUUACUUUAACACCUUUUAAGAUUAACAAUAACACACCAAGGGGUCUCUGAAUCAAAGUGAUGGAAGAGGAAAGUAGUCUUAACCAGUUAAAGUCUGAGAAAAUUGAGCCUGAAGAUGUUCCUGAAGAGAUUUUAACCAACAAAAAAGUUCCACCCAAGAUUAUUUCGCGUUAUCUUAGUGGUCCAAAACGUUCCUGCCAUGAUCUUUGCAAAUAUGGCAUCCCACAGGCCGUUGAAGCCAAACCAUGGAUACUAACACUGAGAAAGGCUACCACAAAGGAAUGGAAAGCCAAAGUUCCAGAACAAAAUGUGACUUCUUUGGCAUGGAGAAAAAAAUCAAGGCCUUCUCAAACACCAAAAGUUCAGAAGGCCAAUAGUCCAGUUGACAUCAAGGAUGUAGUAACAUAUGAAGAAACAGUUACAUCAGAGAAAAAAUCACCACCUUUUGAAGAAACAGAUGUUCCCUUGGAGCAUAACAACAGUGACCUAAAGCAUGAACAGGAAUGUUCCAAAAGUGAAACAAAAAGGGAAAUGGUAAAAAACAAAAGUCCUGGUUCAAACAGCAGAAGCAAACAGACCGGAAAACCUUCAACUGGAGGCAAGAAAAAAUCAACCUCAACAAGUCUUCCAUUGUCUUCAAAACGCAGUGGCAAGAAACCUCGAAGCAGAAGUUCCAAUAGUCCCGAGAACAUGACAAGAGAGUCUUCUAUGAACUUACCAGAAAAGAUCCUUCAUGUCACCGAACCUGCCUCUGCAAAUUCAUCUGAGGACCCUACUGUGGCUUGUGAUGCAACUAAGUUGUCUUCACCCUCACUUUCAUCAUCAGGGGACAGAAGCUUGAAGCACACCAAUAAGAAAAAUUGCGAGGCUCCUGCAUCUUCAUGGAAGGGCCUUAGAUCUGUGGCCGGGAACAAAAGGAAGGUACUUAUGCAGCUCAAAACGCGCAGUCUUUCGCCAUCAUCAUCACCAUCUGCGUCGUCAUCAUCAUCUAUUUUCACUUCCAAAUCUUUCCCUGAGAAACAAAAUAACGCUGCAUCAAGGUUCUACUACAAAAGACGACAUGAUCAUCAUCAAGGUGAAGAUGUGAAGAUGGGUUACAAAAUCAGGCCAAAAAUGAGCGCAAAAGUUGGGUUCACCAAUAAAAGUGUCGUUGCAUCCCGGAAAUUGAAAUUUAGGAGAGGACGAGUGAUCGAACUUGAGCCUCAGAUGAACAACGUUCCAAGGAGACUAAAAUUCAGGCCAGCACGCAUUCUUGAUGAUGACAUGGGAAGAGAUAUAGAUGGUGCAAGAAAAAGUAUCAUUGAGGAUAAUAAAGUAGAUGGUGAUGAGGUAAAUGCUGCAAAUACAAAAUCAGAGAAACAUAGAGGAAAAGUUAGAAACGUGGAAGUAAGUAAAAGGAGAAUUAUUGUUGGGAGGAAGGUUGGUGGAGAUAAGAGCAAGAUAGGAAGUUCAAAAUCAGGAUCUGAGAACGUGGUUUUGAAGCAUCAAGAUGUGGGAGGGAAGAAACAAAAUCCACGUUUGUAUAAUAAUGUGAUUGAAGAGACCGCUAGUAUUCUUACUGAGCAAAGGAAGAGCAAAGUUAAGGCUCUAGUUGGUGCGUUUGAAACAGUGAUUUCCCUUGAUUCUCUUAAAGAUGCCACUGCAGCGGAAGUAAGCACAAGUUGAGUUACCUAAGGAUUCUUGUGAAUUCAACUUCAACAUACAUAUAACUGUUAAUUUGGUGAUUGGGUUUAUUUGGCUAAUGAUGUUAAUGGUGUUCUAAUGUUUCCUUGGUAUUGCUGAUAAAAAAAAGAAAGUUUCCUUUGGUGUCAUUAAGAUUUGAGGAAUAAUACUAUUUCUCUGGGUGUGUUGAGUGGGCUGUUUGUUCGUUAAUGAUAUAGCUUUUCUGCUCUGAAUUGUCAGGAUAUGCUAAUACCAUUAUGUUUGUGUUGAGUGGAACAACUUUCUACCUUCAUGGCCAAGUUAUAUAUGAUUCUUCCUUGUACAUGAUUUUGGAACCUCUUUUUUUCUCUCGCUUGGAUUACGAUCAUGAGAAAAGUUUCUGCUGAAGUUGGAAGACAAGAUGAGAGAUAUGAAAAGGAGGAUAUUGCACGUUAUC